UUGUUCCCGCAAGUCAACGACAGCGUCGUAGCCAGAACCCUGUCUGUCUCACUGCACCACAAAGCAUAACCUUUCUCAGUGCAUCACACAUCACAUCGGUGGCCGGAAUAUCCUAGGGGAUACUCGUGACCCCCGUCCCUGACUGUUUUUACACGACCACCACCCUAUAUUUUGUAUCGUGGGUCCUCGGCGGGUCUUCAUUUUAACCUCCCCAGUCAGCACGCAAAGGCCCAUUCUUCUGCAGGGGAUCCCCACCCAGCUCCACUCGGCAUGGUCUUCAGCUUCGACGCCUCAGACCCAUUGGCAGUUGUCACCGCACCCCCACCCAACGAAACAUCUGAUCAGAAAGCUGCAAGAGAGGAAAGGGAGGCAGAGUCUCGGAGAAUCAGUGAUCAAAUAGACGAAGAACUCCGGCUGCACAAAGCCGACCUCAAGAAACAUGAACAAAUGGUGAAAAUACUCUUGCUCGGCCAGAGCGAAAGUGGAAAGUCCACUACGCUGAAGAACUUUCGGAUGCAGUUCGCCCCAGAAAAAUGGGCACAAGAACGGGCAUCAUGGAAAGCCGUUAUUCAGCUCAACCUCGUCCGCUCUGUCAACGCCAUCUUGGAUGCGGUCAAAUGUCCCAAUGCUGAAGACGAGAACGUACUAUCCUUCUCGGACAGGCACCGUCUUCUCGUCGUUCGCCUGGGCCCGCUACGGGGAGUCGAGGAGGAUCUGAAGCGACUGCUGGGUGCUGCCGCUAACGCUGUGGAUGUUGAGCAACCCUCAUCUUCGAUGCGCACAAUUUCACCAAGACCGUCGAAGGAAUUUUAUGUCCGGUCAAGGGAUUGGCGAAGUUUUGUGCAAGCCUCGCAAGAUGAGAACGAAAAAGGUCGUCCGGGCACUCGGCCUGAAGGUGUAAACAGAACCGACAUAUCCGAGGUGAUCGCACGAUGCUCGGAGGAUAUCAAAGAGCUGUGGGAAGAUGAUAUCAUCCAAAGCAUGGUGAAGAGACGAGGUUUACGUUUGGAAGACUCAGCAACCUUCUUCCUCAACGCCUCCGAACGUAUCGCCGGCCGUGAUUACCAACCAGAAGAUGGCGACGUGCUUCGCGCGCGGUUGCGUACGCUCGACAUCCAAGAGCACGAUCUGUACAUUGAUGAGGAUGGUAAGAUGCUGACAUGGAAGAUUUACGAUGUUGGGGGGUCACGCACACAGCGCCAAGCGUGGCUGCCCUAUUUUGAGCAGGUCACCGCUAUCAUUUUCUUAGCCCCUAUAUCAUGUUUCGACGAACGACUUGCGGAAGACCCACGUGUCAAUCGCUUGGAAGACUCUUUCAUCCUAUGGAAGGCCAUAUGCUCUUCCAAACUAUUGAAGUCCACAACGCUGAUCAUCUUUCUAAACAAAAUCGAUCUGCUUGAUAAAAAGAUCGCCGACGGUGCCGUCGUCAGGCGAUUUCUACCCUCGUAUGCCGACAGACCGAAUGAAACGAUGGCCGUUGUCAAAUACCUCAGAACGAAAUUUAAAGACACAGCACGGCAUUACUCUCCAGCACCGCGGAUGUGUCACAUAUAUGCGACGACAGUUGUCGAUACUCACGAAACAUCGCAAAUUCUGGAUUCUGUACGUGACGGAAUAAUGCGGGAACAUUUGAAAAGAGCAACUCUUAUGUGAAAGGCAUCUCAAUGUAUAGUUAAACCUGUCUCACGAUCAGGGUAUUGAUGUAUCAUUGAGUUGAAACGAAGCAGCACAUUAUAACGUGAAUAUCUAUACAGCG